AUCGCGGCUCUCACACAUGGAGAUGAGGAGACAUGAGCUGGUAGGACGCUGAUAGGUUGUACCUGACAGUCUGGCAGCUGCUGCUAGCGCAGCAAAGGGCUAUAGCGGGAGAGAGCCAGAGACGGAGCAGCGCUGCAACGAGACGGGAGCAUCUCCGGGGCUCUUUGUGCCGCUGCUGCUUCCAGAGGACGUCACAAGGGGAGAGGGCGCAGCGUGCGCUGGGCGCUACAAUCAACGGCUGCGCUAUUCCCGUACCGGCCGGCGAGCGCAGCUGCCAUGUGAGCGGGACUGCUGGAGCCACCUUGCACCUGCACUACUAUGGACACCUUUGACUUGGCAGUGCUGCAGGAAUGGGACCUGGAGGAGCUGUGCUGCAAAAGCCACCAUCUUGCUUCAACUCAUGCAUUCUCUGAAAAUCUAGUUGCAAAUUGAGGAGGAUGUGAGCAUGCAUUACGCAGAGAAAUCCCAUCAGCUGCAGUGGAUGAUGCAAGUGGCAGUUAACAGCACAGCUCAGUUUUCAGGAUGUUGCAGUUCCACGUUCAACAAAAGAACAGUCUGUGAUUUGAUACGGUCUCUUGUUACACUGUAAUCUACAGCAGAAUGGACUGUUAAAGAAUCAAUGGGUAUGAACAAGAUAAAAAUGUGCUUCGUACAAAAGAUUGGGAAAGAAGGACUCAAGAACUUCAGCCAAAUGAGAAUAUUUUUCUUACAAAUCACCCCCUUUUCAGCGAACCGUACAAGACUAGCAAAGGAGAUGAGCUUUCAACGCGUGUCCAAAGUACACUUGGGAGCUAUGAUGAGAUGAAGAAUCUGUUGACAGAGAGAUCCAUCCAGAGUCAUCUAGUCGACAUUCCGAAAACUGAAGCAGUGACCACACUUGUUGGGAGAACAGAGGAACAUUUCCAUCAGAGUAGCAUAGAAAGCCAUAACUCCAGUUGCCGUAGUGUGCAGACUGGUAUCACACCUGGAAAGAAAUCUGUAAAGUUGAGCAGCAGAGCCACCAUGAACUGGCAAGAAGCUGGAAAUGCCUCUGGGGGGCAAAACUUAUUAGACAAAACUGACCAAAGACUAAUUGGUUCUUCCACUACUGACUUUAAAUGUGGACACCAAAAACAUAUUACAGAGAAAAACAAAAACUAUGUGUUAAGCCCAACAUCAUCCACAACUACUAAGUCUAAUGCCCAUCAUCUUACUGUAUUAACUUGCACAUUGGACAAACCUCUCAAUAUGCAGAAGACACAUUCAAAUUUAAAUUGCAAUUUAGAAUGGGAUCUUUCCAUCAAAGAGAAGACCUGUAACAAAAAUAGCAAUAGUUCACAUUCCAAGCAGAACUUUCCUUCCUCCAUUGGUUCUAAGCUGAAUCCUGUCCAGCAAAAGCCAACAGCGUAUGUGCGUCCAAUGGAUGGUCAAGACCAGACACCAAAUGAGUCCCCAAAACUAAAAUUAUCAACAGAGUUUAACUUGCUCUUCCCCUUACAAAGAGGACAUUCUAAUAAAGCGGACUCAGACAGGUUGCAGCAUGAUAAAACAGCAGCAUUUGCAGAGUUAGCUGAAGGAGAGGAUAUUCAACACAGCAACAUGGGAUUUAGAAGUCACAAGAACACUGAUUUGAAGGUCAGAAGUCCAACACAUUGCGCGGUACAGAUAUCAAUGUUAGAAGAUGACCUGAAAUUAAGCAGUGAUGAGGAUGACUGUAAUCAGCCAGCAAUCCAGGGACAAGUCAUCGGAGUUCAGAGUGACAGUGGUGACGUUCAAAAAUGCAGUAACAGAUCCUCAGGAGUCUCCGUCAAAGGGUCAAGUAGCAGCUCCAGUGAAACUGACACUAGCUCUGAAUCGGACUCGGAGAGUGAGAGUAGCUCCAGCGAGAGUGAGAGCAGCAAGCCAUCUGUAUGUACCAGCCCUGAGGCAACAUCAAACAAAUGGCAGUUGGAUAAAUGGUUGAACAAAGUCAAUCCAAACAAGAAUACUGUUCUCAUCCAAUCGCAGAGCGUGAACCAUGGAGGGGAAAAUGAGACAGAGAAGAACAGCAAGAAAGUUUCUGAAGUUUGUUUGACAAACGACAAAGAUGACAGGAGUCCUUUGAGAGAAGCCAGCGCAAAUCUAGGAAAUACUGCUGCAGUUGUUGCAGUCCCUGUUGAAAGCACUUCUCACAGAAGAACAGCUUGCAGAAAGCUCACAAAGAGGACAGAGAGGACAUCUAGUGGUGAUCAUUUUCACUGUCACCAGCUACAGGAUACUUCUCUAAGCCAAGAAAUUCCUGGGAAUGAGAUACCUGAACAGUCUAAAAAUAGGGUGACUUGUAACAGCAGGGGAUUGCAUAGAAAAGAACCUAGGACAGCUCUAUUUGGCUGUAAAAAUAGACGGACUCAAAUUACUAAAUCGGCCUCAAAAUCCAAGGAAUUCAUUGAGUUCUCUGGAAAUAGCACAGAAACAGAACUAAAGAUACCUCCUAUUUCUACAAAUAUAUCAGCUUUCCCACCAGAGAAUAACCACAAACUUAAAGAGUGUGGGAGUAAUAAUAGUGACCAAACCGAUUCUUGCAGCACAUACAACUUUGUUCAUACAAGGAAUACAAGUGACAUUGCCCCAGAAUUGGAGGAACAGUUCUAUACACUAGUUCCAUUUGGAAGGAAUGACAGUGUAUGUUCCGUGAAGGAAAGCGAUGAGCUGAAAUCUCUCUGGGUCAGGAUUGAUUUAACUCUCUUGUCAAGAAUUCCACAGGAAAACUUCAAUAUGAGUACCAGUACUGAAGACACACCCACCUCACCCCAGAAUAAAUGUUUAGCUCAAGCAGCAGAUAAGGCUUUGCAGAAAAUGCGACGAAAGCGCAAGUGUGAAAGUGAAGGCUGUAAGGCGACAAAGAAGAAUCUUGCUGAAAUGGAAGACACUUUGCGGUUCCCUGUGGACAAUUAUCAUACAUCAAACAGAGACAGUACAAACCCCAACAGCUUUGACCAGCAUCUAACCAAAACUGAGAAAUGUUUAUCUCCUCUACCUUUUGUUCCGGAGGAGCCUAGACAGAAAUGUACAAAUAAUGGCUUCUCUUCAAGCAAAAGCGAAGAAAGCUUUGUACCAUCUUAUAUUCCUUGCAGCCGACAUCAUAGGCCAGAGAAUAGUUCACAUGCUCGGCAGAGGUUACGUCCCAUUGCCUCAGAAAGUACCACCACUCUGAGCAAUAAAGAGGGCCAACACUCAGAUAUUUGGUCUCCAGUAUUCAAUGGGCAUAAAGAUGCAAGGAGAUCUAAGGAGUUGCUUGAUAGCCCAAUACCUCGCAAUGCAGAUUAUUUUAUGCAGGAAGCUAAACAGAUGAAGCAUAAAGCAGAUGCAAUGAUGAACAAAUUUGAGAAGGUGCUGAACUACACAGAAGCAGCUCUUUCAUUUAUCGAGUGUGGAAAUGCCAUGGAACAUGGGCCUAUGGAGUCUAAAUCUCCCUAUACAAUGUAUUCAGAGACAGUGGAACUAAUAAGGUAUGCCCUGAGGUUAAAAUCACAUUCUGGUCAUAAUGCAUCUGCUCAGGACAAGAAAAUUACAACACUAUGUUACCGCUGUCUGGCUCUUCUUUACUGGAGAAUGUUUCGACUAAAAAGAGAUCAUGCAGUGAAGUAUUCUAAAGCUCUCAUUGAUUACUUUAAGAAUACCUCUAAAACGCCCAGAGUACCAUCGCCCUGGAAUGCAAAUGGAAAAACCACAGGGAUGUCAUCACCCAUGUCUCCCUGUCUUUCUCACAUGAGCUCUGUUGGCUCUCAAGGAAGCACCUCUAGUUCUAGUAGUGCCUGUAGCACGAAUAAUUCUAUUAUCAGCAUUCCCCAGCGCAUCCACCAGAUGGCAGCCAACCACGUCAGUAUUACUAACAGUAUCCUGCACAGCUAUGAUUACUGGGAAAUCGCAGACAAUUUUGCCAAAGACAACACAGCGUUUUUUAAUGAGCUUGACGCAUUAAUGGGACCAAUCACGUUUCACAGUUCAAUGGAGCACUUGGUCCAGUAUACCCGCCAAGGACUCUCCUGGAUACGACAACAUAGCUCACAUCAUGUACUGUAGCGUCUAUUUCCACUGAACUGCUAUGUUUCCAGGCACUGAGCUCAGUCAUCGCUCUGUCACUCGCAGCAAUUAUUAAAGUUUGUAAAUCUUUCUUCAGCAUUGGACAA